UUCUAUGUCCCUCAAUUCGCGUUGAAUCUGUCAGCCUCCAGCCGUAUCGCAGAAUCCAUCUGUGGCUGACGAGGCUUUGCGCACUGCACCUUUUGUUGUUCACCGGUUGACGUAUAUUUUCAUCUCGAAUCGUGUUCACCGUGGUCAACGUACGCCUAUCAUCGACUCCUGUCUGCGCCAUGAUUCAAUCUACUUGGUGAGAGCGAUCAUCGACAGGCUCUAUGCAAUAACCAUGGCUAGUUCAGUUGGGUCCGACGUCUUCGCCCUCCUGGCCUUCCUGACCAUAUCAGUCGCCGUCCUCUUUCUUCUUCGACACUACCUACCGCUCCGAUCAACUCCCGCCUUUCUCCUCGUCCCUAUCUUUAUAUCGCUCGUUCUCCCCGCCAGCGCUAUUCUCCUUGUACCCAUCGACCUUGCCUCAAGCGCCCGAGAAAGCGCUCACGGCGGUAAAGGAAUAUGGCUACCUGAAAGAGCAGUGCUGGUGUCAUGGCGGAUAGUGUAUUGGUUGACCUUCAUCCUAACAUGGGUUGUCCUCCCUUUGUUGGGCGAAUACAUGGACGCCGGCUACCGCGACUACAAGUCUCGCAUGGUGUAUUCGCUACGUUCCAAUGGCCGUUACCAACUCAUUGUCCUGGCAUGCGCGAUUGCAGGCUUGAUCUACAUGAUCUUUUCCUACGGUUUCGACUUUACGGCAAUCCGAGCUCUCGUCAUGGCAUUGGCAUAUGUCUGGGGUCUCAUGCUGGCUAUUUACCUCAUGGGCCACGGUCUCGUCGCAAUUCCGAGAAAGAUGUUCCGCAAUGCAGAUAUUGCCGGUAGCCUGCGCCGUGUACAAGGCCAGGCACCAAAGGUCCACGAACGGCUCGAAGAUGCCAUUGUUGCGCUAGACGGUCUCGAAGCCCAAGUCAUGCAGCUCAACCAGAGGAAGACUGGAACAGCUCGCGACUUUCAAGAAUGGAUAGACGAGCUGGUUGACAUGACAGGUCACCCCGAGUCUCGCAUCUUUAGCAAUCCAACUACGAUGGAUGCCUCCGCCCAAGUCCCUGCCGUCGUUACCGAGCGAUACCUCGCAGACCUGACCAGACGUCUGGUCCGCGCCCGACACAGGCGAGCUCGUUAUAUUUUGGAAUGGGACAACAUUGUCCAAUCCGCCUCCGACAUGCAAACCAUCAUCGACUCCAAAGCCUCCAAGAAACUGGAUUUCGGCCGCUCACAGUCACGCUUCUCCCUCCUCACACCCUUCAUGCGAUACCACCUAUACGUACACGUCAUCCCAGCCCUGCGCGUUGCCCUCGGGGGUGUCUUCUCCCUAGCCUCCAUUGCAGUUAUAUGGUCCGAAAUCAUCAAGUUCCCGGCUCCGCACCUCUCCGCCGUGAGUCUGACGGUCAUCCACCACCCCAGCAACAAGAACUACCAAAUCGGCUUUGGCGGCCAACUCCUGGCAUCCUGCUGGAUCACAUACAUGUGCGCCUGCGCCUUGUCCAGCGUAAACGAUGUGCCGACAUGGAACCAGCGCGCCCUGGUCAGGCGUAACACCUACGCUGAAUCCGCAUGUUGGUACGCCGGGCAGAUCGCCAAACUCACUGUUCCGCUUGCCUAUAACUUCCUCACAUUCCUACCCCGGGACAUCCAAAAGUCGAGUACUUUCUACCAGUUCCUGGGCCGCCUGAUCAACCUGACGCCGCUGGGGACUUGGUUCGAUUACCUCUUCCCCAUAUUCAUACUCAUCCCCGUCUGCGCGACGCUGUUCAACCUGUACGGCCGCAUAAAGAGCGUGUGCGGGUUCGAUAUCAUCGAGGAUGAAGACGAAGAGGUCAAUCCGUCCGGCUUUGGGACCGGCGGGUGGCGCGAAGGUCGUGAUCUCAUUGCCCGAGACCUGCAGGGGAACAGAUCGACAACAACAACGCUGGGCUUGACUGAUUCGCCGCGACCGAAUUUCGAGAAUAACAACAGGCCUCCGCGAUCGAGACCAACACGCUGGGUUCCUCCUGCGGACCGCACGAGUACUCCUGCUGCCGCAGUGGGCACGAGCAGGCCAGGGACUCGACCAGCGCUGGACCCGGAGCCUGAGGACGAGGAGAAUUUCUUCACGCUCUUCGGGCGACGGGUCAAGAAUACGAUGGACACGAUUGAUACGCCCAGAUGGAUGCAGCCUGGCCGAACGAAUCCAGGAGGAGGGGGAGGGGGAGGAGGAGUGUUCAAGAGGCCGAAAUGGAUGGGCGGAUCGGCUGAUGAAUCGAUCCAUUCGGAUCCGGCUGGUCCAGGCCACAAUAGUAGAGGUGGUAAUACUGGCAGUGGAAGUAAUAUUCUCGGCUUGUUCGGGUCGAGGAGUGGUGAUGGACGGAUUCUGUUAUAAUAAAUACUGUACAGCGUGGUACGAUUGUACAUUGCUAGAGGAGAAAGUUGUAAAUUGUGAAUGCUACUGGCGCGCCCCAGAUAUCAACUCUCAGUCCCACAUGAGCAAUCCUGAUCGCCAUGUUCACCCUCUAUGGGGAUUAUAUACAUACUAUCGAAUCAUCAAUCGUAAGUGUUAU